UCGAAUCACGGACGACGACGAGAAAAGGAAAAAGACGCGACGACUGAGUGAGUAGCGGUGUCCCGAUGAGAACUCCGUCUCUCCUCCUCCUUCUCCUCCUGGCCUUCGUAUCUGUCAUUCCUCCGUCAAACGGUCAUGGCGAAUGGGAUAUCCUCACGGAGCAAAACUUCUCGUCUCAGAUCCGUCUCCACCCUCACAUCCUCCUCUUCGUCACCGCUCCAUGGUGUGGUGAAUCAAGAUCCCUUAAAAAUGAAAUAACUCAGCUGGUUCAUACUAGUGAGGAGUAUAGCUCGUUGAAGUUGAUGGUUGUGUACAGAAACUCAGAGAAGGUGUUAGCACAAGCCAUUGGUGCUUCCAACGAGAUUACGAUUCUGUACUAUCACCAUAGUGUGCCUUAUAAUUAUCGUGGGAAGCUCCGAGCCUCAAAUAUAUUGUCGUCUGUUCGUCCUUAUCUGACAUCUCCUCCUGAAGAACUCCCUCUUAGUCAUUUGAAGUCUCCAGAGAGUUUGAGAGAUUUUGUUGAAUCAUCUGACAAGGCUUUGAUUCUGUAUGAAUUUUGUGGAUGGACAAGUACACUUCUGUCUGAGUUGAAGAGGAAUGUAACUGAAGAUAACCUUUGGCAUGGAAACUUCUCCAAGAAAACAGAAACUGACCGAGUGCUAAAGCUAAGAGGAAAAAUUAACGAGAAGACCAUGCACAAUUGGAAAUUGAUGUGUAGACUCCAAAGUGGAUUUGGUAGAGUUCCUUGGCUUGAGGAUUUUAGCUAUGUCAAUGAUACUGCUGCUUUGCAGGAGAAUGACAGAGCGAAUGGGGGUUCUGGACAGACAUGUAACCAUGAACAGUACAAGCAAUUCAGUUCAUUCCUCUCGAAAUUGAUUGCCGCCGCAAAAGAGUUUUCUCUGCCUACUGAGAGGCAAAAAUUUGGUCUGGUCACAGAAAAAUCAUUGGCUCCACCAUUUACUGUUGGAGAAUCUGAUUCGUGGACAGCGGUCCUUCAACUGGCAGGAUGUCCACACUGUUCAAAAAUUCUCAAGGCCGGGGAUGACAUUCAGAGACUCUUAAAGAUGGAAAAUCCCAUAGUCUCAGAGCUGGAGGAUAACCAGCAGGACCAUGAGUCAUCUUUGCCUGCAAAUAAACCGUCAGUUAUUCUUUUUGUGGAUAGAUCAAGUGGCUCCUUGGAAGAUAGAAAGAAGAGUAUGAAAGCACUUUGUGCUUUCCGCGAGGUAGCUGCACAGCAUAAAGUGUCUGACAUAAUAAACUGGGGGAUUGAUAUUCACUCUGAGAACUCUGUUAGCCAGGCUAAUGAAGAAUCGGGGUCCGUGUCACUUCAGAAAACUGCCCGAAAUUUUAAAACGAUUAAGCUAGAGAAUAAGGUCUCUUUUGUGAUUAUGGAUGGGGAUAAAAAUGUAGCCCUAGAUACUAUAGCUUCAGGAUUGGAAAGCAGUUCCUUGCAGGAGCUACUGACAAACCUGGUCCACAGAAGAAAAGAAAAAAAAUUAAGCUCGAUUGCUAAAGAUGUUGGUUUCCGUCUAUUAUCCGAUGAUGUGCACAUAAAACUACUAGAUGCUUUACCAUCACAAGAAGUUAUACCUGGUCAAGACACAUCUUCAUCUUCUGCAGAAGGUACCGGUGAAAAUUCUCUUCACCCUAGAGAAGGAGAUGUGCAGAACAGGGUCGGUAUGAGUUCUGAAGAAAAGGACGAAAUGAAACCUUCUGAAAGCGAAUCAUCUUCCCAAGAUGAUAGAGAGCAGGUUUCUACAAACAGAAGUGAACGAUUAGUAAUGGCGGAAAGUGAUAAGGCUGGGGUUUAUAAAACAGAAAAUGUUGAAGAAGAGAUCAAGGUAUCGUUGAACAGGGAAUCGAAGGAAGAUGUAGUGCAUAGUUUCACGGGUUCAUUUUUUUUCUCUGACGCAAACUAUGCAUUGCUUAGGGGUCUGACUGGUGAUGUGAAGAUUCCAUCAGCAGUAAUAAUUGAUCCUGCUUUAGAACAGCACUAUGUCCUUAAAGAUGAGUUAGCAGUCAGCUAUUCGUCACUGGUCGACUUUCUUCAUGGAUAUCUCAAUGGAAGUCUAUCACCAUAUACACGGUCUGAAUCUACUAUUCAAAAGCCUAAGGAAGCUACAGUCCCACCUUUUGUUAACCUGGAUUUUCACGAGGCGGUUUCUAUUCCGCGUAUCACAGUCAAUACGUUCUCCCAUAUGGUUCAGGCAUGGAAUCAAUCCAGUGGAGAGAAGGCCGCCUGUCCUUUGUGCCAGGACGUUUUGGUCCUUUUUAGCAAUAACUGGUGUGGCUUUUGUCAGAGGAUGGAGCUAGCUAUGCGUGAAGUAUACCGAUCACUAAAGGAUUAUAAAGCGAUUAUACAAGGAGAAUCCAAGAACAAUCAAAGGCUUCGUAAAUCAGAGACACCAACUAAUGGCAAGAAUCUAAAAUCUCCAUUGAUCUACUUAAUGGACUGCACGUUGAAUGAUUGCAGCUUGAUCCUAAACUCAGUAAAUCAGAGAGAAGUGUAUCCUUCUGUGGUGUUCUUUCCAGCCGAGAGAAACAAAGUCAUUUUAUAUGAAGGGGAGACGUCUGUAACUGACAUAACAGAGUUUCUUUCCCGACAUGCAAAUAACUCCCGUGAGUUUUUCAGAAUUAUUCCUACCCUGUCUGGAAAAGAAAGAAGAAACUCAAACAAGCUUGAUCAAUCUUCAUCAUCGGUAAAAAAUGAAGUGAAAGAAAAAGACGUGGAUAAACUUGUUGAGGUCGUCGUAAGUAACAGAGAUCCCCCAGAAAGAGAAGUAACCCAGGACCAGGUUGUCAAUUCCCAAUCGCCUCCAACGCACUCGGCUCCCAAAGUGAAAGUUGGCACAAUCCUGGCUGCUACAGAAAGGCUAGGUGACAGUCCACCGUUUGCAAAAUCAAAGAUUCUGAUCCUAAAAGCAGGUCGCGAAACCGGUUUCAUGGGUGUAAUCUUCAACAAACGGUUACGAUGGACAUCGUUCCCUGACCUGGACGGUGGCGAAACAGCUGAGCUCUUGAAAGACACGAUUCUAUCGCUGGGAGGUCCAGUCAUGGAUCCAGAACAACCGCUUCUGGCUCUGAGCCGAGAGGGAGACCGCUCCACAGAUCUCGAACUCUCACCAGGCGUGUAUUUCCUUGAUCAUGAGUCAGUGGCGCGUCGAAUCCAAGAGUUGAAGUCUAGAGAUGUGAAUCCAAGUGAUUAUUGGUUUUUCGUGGGGUACUCAAGCUGGAGCUAUGAACAGUUGUUUGAUGAGAUAAGUCUUGGAGUAUGGGAUGUUGAUAACAACCAGCUUGACUUCGCUUGGCCUUGAAGCAGCUGUUUGCAUCUUUGUUUCUUGUAUCUCAGGUCACACGAUAUAGUAAUGUUUCUUUUAGAAAGAACUUUAAAAAGAAUAGAAGACGGUGAAGAACCCAUUAUGUGGGUAGAAAGAUAUGUCGAUUAACUGCAACACUUUAAAAUGUCUUUUUUACAACGGAUGAGAUAUUUACAUAGC